UUUUUCAAAGUUCCCUUUCUCCACUUUCUAUAUCUUUAUUUCUCUCUCUUCUCAACCUGGCCUAACUAUUAAUCCCUCUUCCACCCCACCUUGCUCUAUAAAUCUGCUCAGCCUGCUCCACUGAUUCACCCCUUCAACCUUCACAUCCCUGAAGAUUGAAAAGAGUUCUGAAAAGAAAUAUUAAACUAAGAGGUUCCUUUUGCAGUUAGUGGCACUGCAUGUGAUAAGGAAUCACUCAGGUUUAACUUUAUAUGCAAAUCAACCCCCUAGCAAUCUAUCAUUGCCCCCUCUCCUUUCCUCCCUAUAAUAUAUCAUCAUUCACUUCUCUACACUUGUUAGACCCUCUCCAUCUUUUGCAUGUCCAAGAACUUUUCUCCAAAAUCAGAAUAAUAAUUGACAUUUCAGUCUCCAUUCAUAGGAAAUAUGGGUGAGGAAGCAAAACAGGAACAACCAGUGGCUGAAGCCAGGCCAGAGGAAAAACCAGCAGAGGAAAAGAAGGAAGAAAAACCAGAAGAAAAACCAGAAGAAAAGCCAGCAGAAGAGAAGAAGGAAGAGCCUAAACCACCUUCCCCAUGUGUGCUGUUUGUGGACUUGCAUUGUGUGGGAUGUGCAAAGAAAAUUGAGAGAUAUAUUAUGAAAAUGAGAGGAGUUGAGGGAGUGGUAAUUGAUAUGGCUAAAAAUGAAGUGACCAUAAAGGGUAUAGUGGAGCCUCAAGCGAUCUGCAACAUAAUCACCAAGAAAACAAAGAGAAGAGCCAGUGUUAUAUCUCCAUUGCCUGAAGCAGAAGGAGAACCUAUACCAGAAGUUGUCAAUUCUCAGGUUAGUGGACCAGUUACUGUGGAACUAAACGUGAACAUGCACUGUGAGGCCUGUGCUGAUCAACUCAAGAGGAAGAUACUACAAAUGAGAGGAGUUCAAACGGCAAUGACAGAGUUUACCACAGGGAAGGUUCUUGUGACAGGGACCAUGGAUGCAAAUAAGCUAGUAGAUUAUGUAUACAGACGCACCAAAAAGCAAGCCAAGAUAGUUCCCCAGCCAGAACCAGAACCAGAGAAGAAAGAAGAGAGUAAGGAAGGAGAGAAAGCUGGUGCAGAAGAGAGUAAACCUGAAGAGAAGAAAGAAGAAGAGAAGCCAGCAGAGGAAGCAAAGAAAGAAGAGGGUGGUGAAGGUGGUGGUGAGAACAAGGAGCAAAAGAAUGGUGAAGAAGGCAUGGAAGAAGCCAAAAAAAAAGAGAAUGUGGUAAUGGCUGCUAAUAACAUUGAUGAUGAAGGAUUGAAGAGGAUGAUGUACUAUUACCAAUACCCUCCACUCUAUGUCAUUGAACGAAUACCUCCUCCACAACUCUUCAGUGAUGAAAAUCCUAAUGCAUGCUGCAUUACAUGAACUUUUAACAAUGUUCAGAGUUCGUUCUUCCAAUAAUUUUUUUUAGUGAAUUUGGUUUAAUAGGAAGUGGUGUCAAGUGAAUUGGAAUUUAUACAAUAAUAAGUGAUGAAUGAUAUAUCGUUCUUUCUUUUUUAUGUAUGUACGAUAUAUUAUUAUUGUUAUAUUACACACCGAUCAGGUAUCAUCAUUGUACAAAAGUUGUGAAACAUGAGUAUCUCAAGUUUUUUUAGUUC